UUCGCGAUGAAAAUGAAGUGCUUCGCUCACUGCUCGUCAAAAGUACACUUGUCCCGAUUGUACUUCGAUGAAAAGUUUGAUGGAAAAAAUUGCGGAAAUGGAGAAAAAGUUGGAUGCCGAGACCAAGCAGAACGCGUUGUAUCGAAAUCAAUUGACUGAAUAGAUUAACAAAAACACGGCUGCUAUUGGAUCAGUACGAGUGGAGUUGAAAAAUGAUCAAUCUUCGGUGGCCACUCAACUGGCUGAAACUUCAAAGCUCUCAUGGACAAAGGCUCAAUUCUCAACUUAACCUGAUCCACUCUCGAAAAUGGAUCGAUUUCGAUGAGCAGAUUGUUGGAACUUGGAAACUGGCUUCUUCGGAAAAUUGUCCGAAUUUCAUCGAAUGGUUUGGCAUUGAAAAGAAGAAGAGCAAUUAUGGAUAUUAUAACGACUUGACUCAGGCUAAACUCAAUGAGAAUCUUGUUUUCAAGAUGAAUUACAAUAAUAUCGUUGGCAUCCCGAAAUUAUUCCCACACAUGUCUGAGAAAACAGUCAGGGAAAACCGGCAUAUCAAGACGACAGACGACCGUUCCCUGAAACUCACAAUUGAUCGAUACAUUGAUAUGGGCAAGCUUAAUGUUACCAUGGAGUUGAAAGUGAACGAGGGUAAACAUGUUUGCACCUGCAAGCUCGUCUACGACAGAGUUUACUACUAAAUGAUUGUUCUUUUCUUUUUUGUUACUUCUUUACUGUUGUUUAUUGUUUUGUUGAUCAAAUUGUUGAAUGUUGAAUAAAGUCUUUUUAAGACA